AUGGUAUCGCCGACAUCUUACGCCAGUCAAUCGCGUCUGCGCUAUUGGGCAGACAAGCUCGCCGUGGAGAGCGAGCCAGGGCUCAGCACGGUGCAGCUCAUGCUCACGAACCACGAUCUCAAGCCCGUCGAGCCCGCUCGCCGCCUAUGGGGCACCUGGAAUUAUAUCGCGUUCUGGAUCGCGGCGUCUCUGAAUGUUUCCACGUGGAUGAUUUCCUCAUCCAUGGUCUUCGCGGGGUUAUCGUGGUGGCAGGCUUGGCUGUGUGUGUGGGUAGGAUACGCCAUCGCCGCCUGUUUCAUAGUCUUGACGGGACGGAUCGGCGCCGUGCAUCACAUUGGCUUUCCCAUUAUUGCGCGCUCGUCGUUUGGUAUCUGGGGUGGUCUGUGGCCAGUAAUUAACCGCGCCGGCAUGGCUUGUGUCUGGUAUGGCGUCCAGACCUAUAUCGGCGGCCACUGCGUCUACCUCAUGAUCAGGUCCAUUUGGAAAUCGUGGGAUCGAAAAACAAUUCCCGAUACAUUUCACAGCGAUGCUACUACUACCGCGGACUAUGUCUCCUUUUUUAUUUUUUGGUUCUGCUCGCUGCCGCUUCUAUGGUUUCCCGUGCACAAGAUCCGCCAUCUGUUUACCGUCAAGUCCUGCACAGUGCCUUUUGCUGGUAUUGCCUUUUUAAUCUGGGCGAUUGUGCGUGCUGGAGGCCUUGGUCCUAUUGUUCGCCAAGAGAAUAAAAUCCACGACAGUGUUUUGGCUUGGGAGAUUAUCAAAGGCAUCAUGUCCUCCAUUGCCAAUUUCUCAACGCUCAUCGUCAACGACCCUGAUUAUACCCGCUUUGCCACUCGUCCAAACGAUGCUCUUUGGUCUCAGCUGUUUACCAUCCCACUCGGCUUUGCUCUUACUUCUUUGGUGGGAAUUCUGGUGUCUUCUUCUUCUGCCAUCAUUUAUAACGAGGCCAUUUGGGAUCCGUUGGAGCUACUCGGCAAAUUCCUCGACGAUGGAGGCUCUGCGCAACGCUUCGGCGUCUUUGUUAUUGCGACGUCAUUUGCUCUCGCGCAACUGGGCACUAAUAUCGCAGCUAACUCUGUUUCUGCUGCUACCGACAUGACCGCUUUGAUGCCACGCUACAUCAACAUUCGCCGAGGCAGCUACAUCUGUGCAGCUGUAGGAUUGGCCAUGUGCCCAUACAAUCUGCUCACCGAUUCCAAUAAGUUCACAACCUAUCUCGCUGCCUAUAGUGUUUUUCUCAGCUCGAUUGCUGGUGUCAUGAUUACAGACUACUAUUUUCUGCGAAAAGGCUAUCUUCAGGUCAAAAAACUCUAUGAUAUUGGUGGGCCAUAUUGGUACACUUACGGCAUCAAUUGGCGCGCCUACGCAGCAUACCUCGGUGGCAUCGCUAUCAAUGUGGUCGGCUUUGCGGGUGCCGUCGGCGCUGAUGUCCCUGUUGGCGCCCAAUACAUAUACAAUGUCAAUUUCUUUGGAGGAUUCAUUGUCUCGAGUCUUCUCUAUUGGGCGCUAAGCAAGUGGUUCCCGAUCCCUGCCACAAGCCAUCAUUGGGUAGAUCCUGACGAUGAUAACAGCGAAGCCAACAGCACGGAAUGGAGAUUAGGCGAUGCCACUAAAGAAGUGGCUUAG